GUGGUCGCUACCUCCGAACGAGCGUUCAUUCUUGCACCAACCAGCCACCGUUACAGCAGGGUCGACCAGCGACCAUGCUGGUUCCCUCUGAUAUGAUGACCGCGCAGUCGAAGCUGCUGUAUCAAUUGAAUAAGUUUUAUGGCGAACGGGUUCAAGCUCGUAAAGGGACAGUCGCUAAGACGGUUAGAGAAGUGUGUAAGGUAGUUCAGGAUGUGCUGAAAGAAGUUGAAGUACAAGAACCUCGGUUUAUUUCUUCCCUCAAUGACUGUAAUGGACAUUUUGAAGGGUUCGAUGUGAUAUCCCCAUCAGAAUUCGAGGUUGUUCUCUACCUCAAUCAAAUGGGGGUAUUUAACUUUGUGGACGAUGGAUCUCUUCCCGGUUGCGCAGUUUUAAAACUUAGCGAUGGUCGAAAGCGUUCCAUGUCUUUAUGGGUUGAGUUCAUCACUGCGUCGGGAUAUCUAUCUGCAAGAAAGAUCCGUUCCCGGUUCCAAACUUUGGUGGCACAAGCUUGCGAUAAAUGCAGUUAUCGCGAUAUCGUUAAAAUGGUAGCGGACACCACAGAAGUAAAGCUGAGGAUCAGGGAAAGGUACGUGGUUCAGAUUACUCCAGCUUUCCGCUGCAGUGGCUUGUGGCCAAGAUCAGCUGCCCACUGGCCGAUUCCACAAAUCCUCUGGCCGAAUCCAAAUCUUGUGGCAGAAGUCAAAGCUGAAGGUUUCGAUUUGCUGUCCAAAGAGAGUGUGACUUUACAAGGCAAGCAAUCAUCUAUGGAAGGUGACGCAUGGGUUCUGAACUUUUGUGAGGCUGAAAAUAGACUGCUCCAAGGAGGCUGCAGAAAGAAGUGUUUGAGCAUCCUUAAAACACUCAAAGACCGACAUCUUGAGCUUCCCGGAAAUCCGGUUACUAGCUACCACCUGAAGACUCUUCUCCUGUACGAGUGUGAGAAGCAUCCUAGAGAGAUUGAGUGGGACGAAACCUGCCUGGGGGACCGCAUCAAUGGCAUUUUACUCCAGCUGAUUUCGUGCCUGCAGUGCCGCAGGUGUCCCCACUAUUUUCUGCCUCAGUUGGACCUGUUUAAAGGCAAGUCAGCCAGCUCGCUAGAAAAUGCAGCUAAGCAAACAUGGAGGUUAACCAGGGAGCUUCUUACAAACCCCAGAUCUCUAGAAAAGCUCUAAUAUGGAAAUUUUCAUUUUGGUGAUGUAUGAAGCAUUCUCUUAUCAUAAUUCAACUCGCAAGUUAACUAGAUCAUCGGACGAUGAGUUUUUAGUGAGUGUUAACAUUUCUUCAAUAACCUCUUCUCAGUGAAGGUAGUAGAAAAUUGUCAUAGUGACUUCCUUAUCGUGUUUAAACCCUCAUUCCUUUGCUGUAAUUUUCUUCAUAUUAGGAUAGAAGUUUACACAACUUUAUCCUUUAUUUUGAAUAAGUAUGAUGCCUGUGAAGACUAAUCUCACCUUUUUGUAUGUUUAAUGUAAGUACAUUUAUGAAAAAUGUGUUUUAAACUAUUAUUCUGAUAUUUGAAUAAUUUGAAUGUAAAAAUUAGAAAAAAUUAUUCUACAUGUUUAUUUUAAAAUUUCUUAUCUUUCAUUAUCUAUAUUUUUGUUAUUUUACUAAAAUUGAAAAAAAAAAAUGAAAUUGUCAAAUCUAGUCGUGUAAUUUUGUAUGUUUUUAAUUUCCAAUGAAAUUUGAGCAAUUUUAUAUAAAAGUUUCAUUGAGAAAAUGAAUGAAAAUUUCUUGAGAAGAAAUUUUUUGCUGUGCAAUAUGGCAAUAGGCUAUUUAAGCACUGAAGUUUUUCAGUUAUUUACCUUUGUAAAUCAUGAAAUUUGUUGACUUUCUUCUCAAAUUCUUCUGGAAAGCAAGUACAGCACUGAUUAAUGAAAGCAUUAAAGCACAAUUUCUGUAGAAAAUAUUCGUUGUAAAAUAAAAGCCUGUUAUUCCUUUAAUCGCAGUUAUAUUUUCACUCUACAAAAAUUUUAAGUCUCUUGUGUAUUUUUCUUGCAG